AUGAGUAAUCGUAAAUGUUGUGUUGUCAAUUGUUCUAACACAUACAAGAAUACUUCUAAUGUAAAGUUUUUUAGAUUUCCUAAUAGAUCUUACGAGAAAGAAUUGAAAAAUAAAUGGAUUCAAGCAAUAAAUCGUCUUGAUGACAAUGGGAAAUUAUGGCAACCAAUUAACAGUAGUCUUAUUUGUGGCGAUCAUUUUGUCAAUAAUAAACCAUCAAAGCAUCCUCAAAGUCCAGCAUAUAUUCCAUCAAUUUUUCCUAAAGCAUAUAAAAAAAAAACACAGAAUAAUAAACAGAGUGAAGCAAGGUAUAAAAGAGCACUAAAUCGUCAAGACAAAACGAAUAAGCUAUAUCAAGAUGAGCUAUUUGAAGAUUUAAAUGAGUUAUCUGAAAAUGUUUUGCAUAAUACAAAUUUGACAAGUGAUGUUAGUACUCAGGUUGCUUUUGAUAUUACUGAUUCCAGCAUUUUUAAUUUUGAAUGCAGUUUUGAUAAUAAUAAUGCUAUGACUCAAAUAUCUGGCCCCUCAUUAGUAAAAGUUUGUAAUAUUCAUAAAGUUGAUCAGUCAUGUGGUCCAGAUUACCCUUUAUUUGAUAGAUAUUUUCAUGGUUUUAUAUCAAUUAAAAAUCAACAACAGUUAAAGGAUCUAACUGUUCGUGAAACUCUUCCUGAAGCAUUUAAGAAAAAUUAUCAAAAUUGUCGGUGCAUAAUCGAUUGCACUGAAAUCAAGACCGAACAACCCAACUCUGUAGAGCAAAGAGUAUAUAUGUAUUCGAGAUAUAAAAGUUCAUAUACUGUCAAAGUAUUAGUUGCUGUUACGCCUAAUGGUAUGAUAUGUUUUUUAUCCAAAUGCUAUGGGGGUAGAGCUAGUGAUAGUUUCAUAACAAAUGAUAGUGGAUUUUUAAACAAAUUGGAACCUGGUGAUGUAGUUCUAGCUGACAAGGGGUUCCCUAGUAUUAAAACACAUUGUGAAACAAAUUCAAACAGCAUAUUAGUUAUGCCUCCAGUUCUCCAUAAUGGAAGAUUCACUGAACAUGAAGUCAUUGAAAAUAUUCUGUGGCUAGUGUUAGAAUUCACAUAG